CGAGAAUCUGGCCUCGUUUUCAAACCUGCAUUUCUUCACCCACGAACGUUCUAUAUGCUAAUGGCUUAGACACCAAGACGGCUUUUAUUCUUCAUGCCUAUUCUACACCGAGUUUUCUUCAUUUCACCACGCUCCCUUACAUACAUACCCUAACCCAGCUGACUUACAUUGGGUGACACGAUGCGCUUCAUGGGUCUCAAUGGGACACAACUAGCGGGCGUUCCCAUCGGCAUCAUUCGCUUCGCCAUCUUUGUGCCUUUUGGUAUCUACUUUGGAACGUCUUCGAACCACUGGAACCUCAUCAAGAGCCAUGAUGUGCUCCAGGGAGCUCCGUACAACCCAGUAAUUGCAAAGGGAGAGCAUCUCGCCGUACAAUGGGGCAAAUUCGGCUUCUACUGGAAUUUCGCCGUCUGGAUCCCGGCAAUUAUCAUUCCACCACCGUUUACGAUAGUCUUCGGCUUCAUAGACCUCGCCGUUACUGUAAUGCUUUCAAUAGUUACGCGCUACCAGGCAGGAUAUGCUCCCCAUGAUGUCAAUCGAUGCAGGGGAUCCGGAUCGCAUUACUGGCAACUUCCGCCAAACACGACCGAGAGCUUCUUUGAGAUCUCAGCAAGGCUCAACGCUACGAAAACCAGUCCAUUUCAGAUGUGUAAAAGUUAUGUGCAGGAGUGGCAGUAUGGUAUUACUCUCUCCUUCUUCUACGGCUUAAUUGCUGUUGUAAACAUAAUCACUAGCCUCACCUUUUGCGCCAUAGCAGCGCGGGACAGCCAGCGCCAACAACGUUCCUUCCGAGAAUGGAUGUUCGAGUUCGUAUCCACCUUUCCCAGGUUCAUCGGUAUCUUUCUGUACAUACUAUAUUUCAUUCCAGUGGUCUUCUUCCGCUGUCUCCCGCUCAGUAUCAAGUCCCGAACCCGAUACGGCAGACGCUUUGCAGUUAAGACUAGCCAGCGACUUCCAACUCCCCAUGAGAUUAAACUGAAGACCAGGCGGAACAAAAAAGGCCCGAAUCGCUACAAAGGAGGGGAUGGGGAGCCAACUGGUUUGGCAGAUUUCUUGGGCAUCUAUGAUAUCCUUAUGCUAGUGGUUGAGGAUUUGCAUUACACAGAUAUUGUCAACCUCAGUCUGGCAUCGAAAAGCGUGCGCGAAGCUGUUCUUCCAGUCACCGACUACGACCGGCGUUUGCAGCACUUCCGAAGAUAUGCGUGUGAACCAGGGUCGAAGGAGCGGUGCUGGGUCUGCACGAACACAAUAUGUCCUGGAUGCAAACGCUUCCGCAAUCUCCGCCAAACAACUCCAUACUGGCACCUCGACAGCUGUCGUCCCUACUGCAACAAAUGCUACUGGACGACCAUCCAACAUUCCACCACGGCCCCACGCAUCGACUCACGAAUCUGCAUCUGCGCGCCUCCCACCACGCACCCCAACACCAUCCAGCGGAUGUGGAAGGGCGCGUCCUACUACUCCCGGCAACCGACAAACUGCAUCUCACGCAAUGUGUGUCGGACAUGUGAUAUUAAGCCCGAUGAUGAGCUUCUGGAGAUUAGGGAGAAGAGGACUAGGUGUGAGUUGAGGGAUCCGAGAAGACAUACGAAGUGUAAGAAUUGUAGUAAGGUUUUGAAGGGCGGGCCGAAGUGGUGGGUUUGUAAGAAGUGUAAGAAGGAGUGUACAAGUCUUUGUCAUGCACCGUGGGGAAAGAAAGGGGAAGGCGAUGAGGCUGUUUGAAUUAAAUUGAGAAGGUGGUGUGUGAAGGGGUUUUGAUCGGUUUUGGUUUUCGUUUUUGAGGAGGAUCUGAUUUGCAUUGGUGGCGUUGGAUUGGUUUGGAUUGAUGGAGUUGAGUGCCACAUAGCGUAUGCAUAUGGGUCCAGCAUUUUUACUCGAUGAAAUUUCCCUUCAAAAUCUCCAUAUGUUAAAACCGCCUACAAUUUUUCACCCUACUUUACUUGCUAACCGAGGGUGAUUGUGUUUCAUUGCACUACGUAGUUCUGAAUGCUAGAAUCAUCCAUG